AUGGAGGCGACGCUCGCGAAGAACUACGAGCUCCUACAAUCGGAGUACAACAGCUACUCAGCGGAUGUUCUGCAGCUGCAGAGCGAGCUACGGAACCAGUAUCUGCCUUCGCUAGCAGCUGAACUAGACAUUUCCCAAGAGGAUGUGCAAUGGGCGCAGGAGUGGAUAGACGACCGACAAACCAUCUUUCGUAUACUUCGGCGGAACUCGUUCGAAACAGACCCGACCUCCAAAGUCCUCGAAGACACGUUGAGAUGGCGACUGUCCACCGUACCGCGUCGACCUGGUCCAGAGAUAAAGCCCUUCUUCCGUCUCCUCCCUUCAACAUGCAAAGACCCUCAAGGGCGCCCCAUCAUCGUCCUCAGGUCUCGUGAUCCGCUACCUAGCGGAAACACCCUGAGGGACGAAGUGCUCUGGUGGAUGGAAUGCCUCCGGAUCAACCUUCUUCAGCUGAACGCCGCUAUUGGCGAUGGAGACUGGCCAGUUCUGCAGUAUGCCGUGCUGAUAGACGUGUCGGGUGCAACAAUGAGAAACUUUAACCCGGAAAUGCUCUCAUAUUGUACACGCGAGGUAUCGCCGAGGUAUCCGGGCAUGUUCGGUGUGGUUUGCAUGGUGAAUCACACUUGGGCACACUCCGGUAUGUGGAGCAUCGUGAAGCGCUUGCUCCCUGAAGCUGCUUUAUCCAGAAUAUUCUUCCCGUCCACUAAAGAGUUACUCUCUUACUUCGGGUGUGCUGCAUUACCACAAGAUUAUGGGGGCGACUUGGCUUCCCUCCUCGAGCUUGAGAACCCCCUCUUAGACUUCGUCAAACCGGAUACCCCUGCCGAAUCAUCCAACGAGCCCACUCCACCGGAUAGCUCCUGCACUUCCGAAGACGAACCCUCAAAUCAUAUCCAAACCAUGGAACAAGAUCGAUAUCUGCAUCGCAUACCCUCACUCAUUCCCACCUCGGUGCUCAACCCAUUCUGGGGCUACCCCGUGACAUUUUCAUACCCCUUCUCGUCGUCUUCGUCCGAUGCGCGAUCACCGGCGCGACCCCCGAUCCGCGCUCACCAUCACUCUUCGUCGGUCCCUUACCUACGACACGGACGGCGGCGAAAACGCGAUCUGCUGCGCACACUCGCGCUCCUCUGGUGGACGCGCUGGCGGGGCACGCUCAGGAUCGUAUUCGUAUUGUGCCUGCUCGCUGUACUCUGCGCUGCGAAGUCCCGGCGGGGGAAGACCUUCGUUGCAUUGAAUAGGCUGUUGCAUGCACUCCGGGUUCCGCGGACAACGCAAAGAACGCUAGGAUGA